GGCCCGCGCCCGCGCCCACAAUCGCAAGGCCGGCCUGCACGAACGCUGCGAGGUCGUCUGCGGCAACUUCCUCGAGAUGCCCUUCGACGACGCCUCCUUCGACGGCGCCUACUCCAUCGAGGCCACAUGCCACGCCCCCCGUCUCGAGGACGUCUACCGCGAGGUCUUCCGGGUGCUCAAGCCCGGCGCCCUCUACGUCUCCUACGAAUGGGUCACCACCGCGCUGUACCGGGCCGACAACCCCGCCCACGUGGAGACCAUCCGCGGGAUCGAGCGGGGCGACGCCCUCCCGGGGCUCCGAGCGCACCACGAGAUCGCGGAGGUGGCGCGGCAGGUGGGCUUCGAGGUGGUGGAGGAGCGGGACCAGGCGUUGCCCCCGGCGGAGCCCUGGUGGACGCGCCUCAAAAUGGGGCGGAUCGCCUACUGGCGGAACCACCUCGUCGUCUCCGCUCUCGCCGCCCUUCGGAUCGCCCCAAAAGGCGUGGUGGAUGUGCACGAGAUGCUCUGCGAGACGGCACGACAUCUCAGCGAAGGCGGCGAGACCGGCAUCUUCACCCCCAUGCACAUUAUCCUCUGCCGGAAGCCUCUCGUUCCCGCCUCCUAAUCAAUUAAUAUCCUGUUCUCCUACUUCUGCAGUUGUCAUCACAGCGUCUCUCUGCUUUUAACUUGUUAACUUCGUCUUCAUCUCUCAGUGAUGUUUUUCGAUUCUUCCCAUUUCUCGUUUGAUGAAAUCUUUGUGACUAUUACUUUUUCA